AUGUCUCCUGGAAAAACGCUUCAGAAGGGUGGAAAGCAAAAGGGUAAAGAAGGCAAAAGAGAAAGCAACAAAACACCUGAAGCUAAGCAACCUAAGAAGUCAGGAAAAGCUGUUAAAGUCCCCAAAAAUGCGAGUGGAGAAGAGGUUCAGGGGUGUAUUGAUGCCGAUGAUGAUUCCCUAUCUGCACACGAGGAUGUCACAGAGAAUAAGAAAGAGGAACGGGGUUGGAAGAAAAAACAGACCAAAGAGCCAAAGAAGACGAAAAAAGAGAUGCAAACCCCAAAGCAAGCACGAAAAGUGAAAGGCCAGCAAGGCAUGAUAUCAACUAGGAAGGAGACGAGCAAUGUCGUCACUGAAAAAGGAGCCACAGCUAGAGGUAAGACUGCCAAAUCCAAACAGAUCCUCAGCAAGCCUGAAGGUAAAACAGCACAGGCGACGAGUAAACCAUCAAAGUUUGCCAAAAGGAAAAACGUGAAAGUGGUGGAGAUAGAGGAGGAGAGAUCUGAGAGUGAGGAAAUCUGCUCUGAAAGAGAGAGUGUAGAAUUAUGUGAAGAGCGCUCUGAAUGUGUUGAGGAAUCUGCCGCGACCGAGCUGAGUGAAGACAGCAGUGGGGAGGCAGACAAAGAGAAGAAAGUGGAGGGGACAUCGGAGGAGGACGGGGAUGCGCCAGGUGAGGAUAUAACCAGCAGUGCAGCUGAGGAGUCCUCAAGGAAAGGAGCAGGUAAAGCAGCCGCUAUGGAGACACCCAUUAGCAGUGAAGAAGAAUUACUGACAGAGGAAGAGUUAAGUGACAGAAUAGAACCUGAGGCAUCAGGGGAGGCUACAGACUUAGGAAAGAACUCCAAGACACAAAAUAUGACAUCUCAACGUCUAGGGCAGAAGAUUGGAUUCAAAUCUAAGAUGCUGCAAAAAAAGGAUAAACCAGAUGAAGGACCUGCAGUGUCUAAAGCUCUACAAAUCAAGGGAUUAGGUUUGAGCAAGGCCGAAGCAGCAAAAGGAAAAUCUCAAAUUCUUCAGUUGGCAAAUAAAACAAAGUCAUUGACCAAGACAGACAAAGAGCCAGAGGCUAAAGUAUCUGCUGUCGGUGGCACCAAAUCCCUUUUUAUGAUGACCAUGAAGGGGAAGGGAAAAGAUAACAAGGCAAACCCAGAUGUAAAUGAGGAGUCAACUAAAACAAAGGAAACUGGAGAGGACAUAAAAAUGAAACAAGCUACUGGCCAGACCGAGAAUCGUAAGCCAGCUCUGAAUUUUGCAAAACUGACCUCCAAGUCAUCAAAACAGAAAGGCAUGACCACAUUGCGUCGUAUGUCUGGCUGGGUACAGAAGAAAAUGCCACGCGGUAGCAACAUACAUCGGAAGAUGAGAGCAAUCACACAAGCCAUUGGAGUAUCAAGAUGGCUCGUAGUGCACGUAUCCAAGAAAAAGAGUGGCUCCUCCGGCAGCAAGAAGAGCUUUUUUCAACAGAGAAUGGCUAUGCGAGUAGCCAGUAGGAGGACUCGACAGAAGAACUCCGUGUCCCAGGAAAAUACAGCUGGUCCGUCCGAGGAUCCUAUAUCAUCACCUUGUGAAACCCAGAGUGGUCAAGAUGAAAAGACCAAUGCUGGGGAUGCCAAAUAUGCAAUAGUAUUUCCAAGGAUGAAUAAAAUGGGCCAGUUGCAAGGAAAUACACCUACUUCUGCUGCAAACAGAGGAGCAGAAGUCACAGUUGAGCCAAGGCCCCCUAAACCAGGUGCUCGUCUGGUGCUUCCCGCAAAGCCAGAUCUCAGCGUUCUUAAAUCUAUUAAAAAGAAUGUUCCAGAAAGUAAGCCAAGCAGAAAUGAAAGCACAGAACAUCUGUCCACACCAGCAAAGGACAAGGAGGAGAAAGCAACACUGAACAACAACGAUGGUGCCAAUGUCCUACAGGCAGCGAGAGACAAAUUAGGCUCCUCACAGUUCAAACUGUCCAAACUUUCCUUGUCAAAGCCUAUACUAGCAGGUGGCCUGAAGACAGCACACCUCAAGGAUGGAGAGGACGGCGAGAGGAGUACGGCUGUCCCGUCUGCAGGCAGUGAGGGGCAUGGACAGGCGCUGGAGUCCUCGAUAUACGAAGAAGCAGCUGAUCGAGAGGUGGCCCAGCUCAUGGGGGAUGGCCUCUUCUCCUCUCCCCCUGACGUCCACUGGGCUCACUGUGAUGGAGCGCUUGGUGACCCUCAGGACUGGCUGAGGACCGAGAGUCUGCUGCCAGACCACCACCAGACUGUUGAGAAACUAACUAAGUGGACCGUGUAUCAGGAUGACGACAGGGCUCAAACCAUCCUUGACAGAGGACCAUGGGAAUCAGAGGAUCCCACCCAGAACAUGCUGGAGAGCAAACUAAACAGCACCCAGGUGCUAAUGCCAGGCAGCAGUCAAGCUGUCGAGGUAGAUGAGGUGGAGGAUCUAUCACAAUUAGAUGAGGUAUGUGAGAGCUCUGUCCUGCUGAAUCUGAAGAAGAGAUUUCAGCGGGAUGCCAUCUAUACCUAUAUAGGAAACAUGCUACUGUCAAUAAACCCAUUCAAGCCCCUUCAUAUCUACACGGAGGAGCUCAGACAACAGUACCAGACCAAAGAGCAGCAAAGGAAUGCUCCCCAUGUGUAUGCGAUUGCGGAUGCAGCCUUCAGACAGUCUCAACAAUCCUCCCAAGAGCAGUGCAUCGUUAUAAGUGGUCAGAGUGGAUCGGGGAAAACAGAAGCGGCCAAGCUAAUUGUACACUACCUUAAUGCCAUGUACCAAGGCAGAAAUGACAACCUCCGACAGCCUAUGGAUGUACUACCCAUCUUGGAGAGUUUUGGUAACGCCAAGACUAUUCUGAACAACAACUCUAGUCGUUUUGGCAAGUACCUCCACAUCCAUAUUUGCCAUGGUGUUGUGGUUGGUACUUCGCUAUCAAAGUAUCUACUUGAAAAAUCACGUGUUGUCUUCCAGGCCAACGAGGAGAGAAAUUACCAUAUCUUCUAUGAGAUGCUGUCAGGGAUGAAUGAGUGGAGCAAACAAGAUCUGUAUCUCCAAGGGGCCGAGACCUACUAUUACCUCAACCAGGGUGGGGCUUGUGACCUGAAAGGGAAGCAUGACAAGCAAGACUUCCAGCUCCUGGUCCAGUGCUUGGAGACCAUUGGUUUACAUCCAGAUGAGUUGUCAACUGUAUGGGCCAUGCUAUCAUCCAUCCUACAGUUAGGGAACAUCUGUUUCCGCUCUUAUGAGAGUGAGUCAUUUGAAGUGGCACAGAUCUUCAGUGAGUCUGAAGCCAGGCGAGUAGGCAAGCUGUUGCAAAUCUCAGCUGAGGCUCUGCAGACAGUCAUCACACAUCGGGUCACAGAAACUAUUUAUGACAGAAUAUACUGCCCCCUCUCUGUAGAAAGUGCCAUUGAAUCCAGGGAUGCCAUAGCAAAGGCUCUGUACUCUGUAUUGUUUGACUGGCUUCUGGAGCGUAUUAACCAAUGGCUAAUUCCUACUGAAAUGGACAGCACAGUUGGAAUUGUCGACAUCUAUGGUUUCGAGGACCUAGCAGUGAACAGCUUUGAGCAGCUUUGCAUUAAUUUUGCCAAUGAGCAGCUGCAGCACUUUGUCAAUAAAGCAGUGGUGUCCCAGGAACAGGAGGAGUACAGCACUGAACAGAUUGAGUGGUAUCCUGUGCCUCUGCAGGACUUUAAUUCCUGUCUGGAGUUGAUCUCCGCACGCCCUCAUGGUCUCCUCCGCAUCCUGGACGACCAGACCCUACUCCCUCAGGCAACUGACCACACCUUCCUUCAGAAGUGUCACUAUCACCACUGUAGUAGUCCUUACUACUCGAAACCCAAAAUUCCACUCCCCGUUUUCACGGUUUAUCACUAUGCAGGAGCAGUCACCUAUCAGGUCCAACAUUUUUUAAACAAGAACUAUGACCAAAUCCGUCCAGAGGUGCUAGAGCUUUUUGUUCGAAGUCGACAAAAGAUAGUGUCUGGGCUGUUUCGUGAGGUCCAGGAGCGCCAUCAACAACAGAAAGAGUUAGGAUCACGGGGUAAAGGUUUCCGGCACCAGGCCUCAACAGUGGCUUCACAUUUCCAACAGUCACUGAUGGAACUCACCACCCGACUUGAGAGAUGUAAAACUACCUUUAUCCGCUGUUUUAAACCAAAUUAUAUGAAGUUACCAGGAAUGUUUGACAUAAACUACAUGUCAACACAGCUGAGGCAUGCUGGGAUACUGGAGACCAUCCAUAUUAGGAAGGAGGGAUUCCCUAUACGCAUCCCCUUCACUUAUUUCAUGGAAAGGUAUGGUGUUCUUCUAGCUCAGCGGCCGCCUGAGCAGUCCGAUAAAGAGCAGGUCGUGACUCUGUUACAGACCAUUGGGGUUGAAGACGGAGAAUACCAGCUCGGACUCACUAAGACGUGGGCAGCGGUCACCAUCCAGAGGAACAUCAGGGGCUUCAUCUGCAGACGUAAUUUUCGCUUCUUCAAACAAAAGGCUAUUGUCAUCCAGUCCCAUAUCCGUGGCCACCAGGCCAGGAAGUACUACAAAAGACUGAAGCGCUCCUUCACGCAGUUCUGGGCCGUCAUGAUGAUCACCAGGAACACCAUUAAGAGACGCAAGUGGAGGGAAAACCCGAAAAAGACCAGACCAAAGGCUACUGUCAAAGCGCAGUAUAGUGCUCUAGGCGCUAUGGAUGUUGGGAUGUUGGAGAUCCCGGCAGAGCUGUCGGGCAGAUUACGGAGUGCUGGAGGACGUUCUCAGGGCUCCAAUGUGACAGAGGUGGCUCCCCCAAAGGUCAAGGCUGAGCACGUUCUUUCUCUGCCUCUUGACAUCGACAGCUACCCUUUCUCACAGUAUGCAAACACAGUCUUAAAGGAUGGCUGGUGUCAGCCUCAGGGGAACUCUCUGCAGAGACCUCUUACACAUUUGGACCCCGAAGACGCCCAUGUGGCCUUAGACAUCUACAAGCUGAUACUUAGAUUUGUUGGUGACACAACCCUGAACGGUUGGCAGGAGGUGAUGCUGGGGAAUUACAUAGUAGAGAAAGGCCAGAAUAGGUCUGCCCUUAGGGACGAGAUCUUGGCUCAACUAGCCUACAUCACCUGGGGCCGGGAAAGUGAGGAGGGAGUCUCCAGGGCAUGGCUGCUCCUAGCUUGCUGUCUUAGUGCCUUCACUCCCUCUCCAGCACUGGACAAACCUUUUCUCAAGUUCGUUUCAGACCGGGGUCCAGAAGAGUAUCGCUCACUAUGUCAGCACAAACUACUUACAUCCCUUCCGCUACCAAGUCCAACUGCUCGACGAUACCCACCAACCCAGUUAGAGUGGACUUCCAACCAACGCAAAGGGAAGAUGGUGGUCAAUGUGAAUACAUUCAAUGAGGAAGGUCUGAUGUCUGAAGUGAACUCAUGGACCACAGGAGAGCAGCUGGCUUCCUGGCUACUGAAGUUCAGGGGAGUGCCAGACAGACCUCAAGGCUGGACAGUGUCUUUGCUGUCAGAAGAGAGUUGGACAGACCUGCUUGGUUGUGACUUUGUUAUGGACCUGUUAGCUGAUGUGGACUCUGAUGCUCACCUUGACCAGCCCUCCUCUCAUUCUGAUUAUCUCUUCAGCAGUGAUGGUUUUGGCACGACCGAUCUGGAUGAUGUGAUCCCCCCUGCCCCUCCCAUGCAGGCCCCUGGUCUACCACCAGCCACAGGGGAGGACUGGGACGACUAUGGCCAGCCCACUAGAACACAGGGAUCGAGAGGACGGCCAAUGGAUUCUUAUGUUGAUGACCUCUUUGAUCAUGUGCUGGACCAAGGGCCUCCGGACAUGGAGCGCAUGGCCAUGCUGAACCGCAGGAUGAGGGGAGGAGGAGGCAUGUUCCCUGCAGCAGGAAUGGGCAUGAAUCCUAUGAUGGCAGGUUAUGCCAACCCAAUGAUGCCAAAUAUGAUGCCUGCUGCUGCCGCUAUGCCCAUGCCCUAUGCACCCAUGCAAUCCAUGAUGAUGCCAGGCGUCAUGCCUCAAUCCACCACAGGCAUGCCUGCUGUAAAUUCCCAGCAAAUAACCGCCGCACAGCAAGCUUUCAUAAAUGAACAGGCACGGCUGCUGGCACAGCGGAUGACUGAGCAGGCCCUGAAUCUUUCACAGCAACAGACUCAGCAGCAGCAGCAGCAGCAGCAGCAACAGCAGCAGAGGCGUCAGAGAAGCCCUGUCCGCCCCAGACAACCAGAAGUCCAAACCCCAAAGCCCCCUCCUGCCAGGGUGGCGUCUCCACCACCUCCACCUCCUCCUCCCCCACAGCCUCCUAAUCCCCCAGCACAGCAUCGCACUCCAGAGCCAGAAAUAGACAUGUCAAACCCUGAAGAGGAACUUGAAUCCUUUAAGGAUAAGAGGGAGUUCUUCCAGAAAAUUGGCUCUCAGGAUGUCAAACCAAAGCAACCAAAAGCACCCAAGCCUGCAAAACCUGUCGUUGUCAGCCCACCUCCAACCAAACCCAAACCCAAACCUCCAUCUCCAGUGAGACAAGAAGUGCCCCUAAAGGAACCCGAGAGGCCAAGAUCUGCCAGUCCAAGACCCGUCUCUCCCAUGCCAGAGCCCAGCCGCAACAUCCGUGAUAUCAUCAAGCAAUACCAAAACCGCCCUCCUCCUGAACCCAAGGGAUUCGAACCUGUUAGGGUUCCUGCCAAAUCCUUUAUAAAAAAGAAUGACCCCAAAGAGGAAGCAAUUGCCAUUCUCUUGGCAAGAGGUCCAGUUCCACAACAGAAGAGAGAGUGGAAACCUCCACCACCACAGCCCAAGGUGCAAAAGCUGCCACCACCUGCACCUGCAACUGCACCCCCAAAGGCACCGCCGGCGCCGCGCUCCAUAUCCAACAGCAUGAGGCAGAAGCAGCGUUCACUCGGCGAUCUCUUUGGGCCUCAACGCACCCAAGAACCACCCCCUCCUGUCUUCCCUCCACUCCCACCUGCCGCUCCCGCUCCUGCCCGUGCCAUCCCAGACCCACCGCCUACAGCUGCACCUACACUUAAUCAACACAAACUGUCAGAUGAGGAUAAAAUCCGCUCUCAGAUCCACAGAUUUGCUGCCAGUGUAUACUUUUCUUACUCUAGAAUGCCAGGCAGACUGUUUUUGAGGAAGGAGGUUUUCUAUCCUAAAGAGAAGUUUAACCACACAUACAUCCUUAACUUGCUUUGUGAGCAGAUAAUGAGAGACACCUUCUCUGAUUCCUGUGUGAGACUUACUCGUGAAGAACGACGCAAGAUGAAAGAUCUAUUGGGCCGAUUCCAAGUAGGUACCAGCAUCAGCACCAUCCAGGAUGAUAGUGUGAAGAAGAGAGUUGUCAUGGCUGCAAGAGACAACUGGGAGCACUACUUCUCACGCCUCUUUCCCCUAAAGGCUGGGGUCAUGGGAGAUGCUCAGCUCCUAGGGGUGUCUCAUCGGGGAGUUAAGCUGCUACGCUGGGCCAAGGCUACAGGGAUCAACACCCAACACUUGAAGAAUCUCUGCAGUUACAGUUAUGCAGAGGUGUUGUCAGUAGAACUCAGUGGAUCUGAUACAGUGGUGUUUUCCCUCACCAAUGAAUCUCUGGAGUUGCAGUCCUCUCAUGCCCCCCAGAUCACUGCCAUGGUCCAGCUCUUCCUCAGAAAACUUGUCGAGGGAUCUGAGUAUGUUAUUGCACUAAAGAGUUAUGUGACUGAUGACAAAAGCCUCCUCAGUUUUCGUAAAGGAGACAUCAUCAAGCUGAUGAAUAUGAAUGGCCUUCAGGAUGGCUGGCAGUUUGGCUCUGUUGGUGGUCGCUCAGGUCUGUUUCCUGCUGAAGUCACACAACCCUCAGCUCCACCUGAUUACCAUCACAUCCAGCUGGAGCGUCAGGAUGACCGGAGACAGAGCACCAGGGCCCCCACCAGGACCCCCACCAGGACCCCCAGCAGGACCCCCACCAUGACCACCGGGACCCCCUCCAGGACCCCCUCCAGGACCUCCCCAGCACAGCCCAAUGCAGCACCCCUAAGGACCCCUAUUCCCAGCGGAAACACAGAAUAUCCCAUGCAGGGUGGGUUGGAAACAAGCCCAGACUUCCAGCAGACCCCCAUGACUGAGUUUGCCCAGAAGUACUUCAGAGAUGCUGCCACAAGAUCAGACGGUAACGGUUUAUCUGCAAAUGGAAGAAGCUUUGUACAGCUGGUUGAGUUCACCACGGAACCAAUCCUGGAAUCGUUGAUCUUGUUUUCUGACAGCGAGCUCAAUGAACUGUCAGUUCCAUGCUUUACAUGUGUAAUGCAGUUCAUGGGUGACUUGCCUUUGACGAAGCAUCAGUCAGAGGGAGAUUGUGUCAAUCAUAUCCUUCAGUUAGGAAAGGAAAAGGAAUUUUUGAGGGAUGAAAUCUACUGCCAGAUCCUCAAACAGAUCUCAAGGAAUCCAAACAAUGAGAGCUGUUCCCGGGGCUGGCUUUUACUGAAUCUGGUGACAGGUUUCUUCCCAUGCUCCAACACCCUGUUGUCCUACGCCAUGCAGUACAUUGAAGACUGCUCCCAGAACCCUAUGAACCCUUUCCAAGAUCUCUCUCACAGCUGUGUGGACAACAUUAACCGUUCUCUGGCAUAUGGAGGCCGUAGACAUAUUCCAUCUCAUGUGGAAAUGGAGGCAAUGCUGGCUGGUAAGAGCACUCGGCACCUUGCCAUUGUGUUGCCUGGUGGUGUCGAGUUUCCCUGCAAAGUUCGUAGCUUCAGUGUGGCCCUGGAGGUUGCGACCGAAAUGUGUACUGAGAUGGGUGUUGAGGAUCCAUUGGAAGUAAAGGAAUUUUCCAUCAAAGCAACCCGUGGACAAGUGGUGAGGCCCAUCCACCCAAAUGAGUACCUGUUUGAUUUCCUUUUGGAUGACGGCUCCAUCAUACUGUCUUUCCAACGGGUGGUUUGGCAGUUCCCUCUGCGCUUUGAAAAUCAGAUGUUCAUUGAGUUCCACUUCCAACAGGUCCUAGCUGACUAUCUGGAGGGCAAACUAAUGCCCCCUGGGGAUAAAUCAUCAAUUGUACAACACAUUGUAGAGUUGGCUGUACUUCAGCACCUUGCAUUGGGCAAUUCAGACCCACCCUCACAGUCUGAACUGAAAGAGUACCUCCCCAGGAUGGACGGAGUGAAUGCUAAGAAUGACCAGCUGCAGUCUGAUUGUGAGGAACUUCUGUCAAACAUGGGUGCCCUGCAUCCAUUUGAGGCCAAAACACGCUUCCUUCAGUACCUUAGUGGAUUGCCUCUUUUUGGUUCAAACAUCUUCCUGGCUCAGAAAGUCAAUCACCAGAACUGUCCCUCUCCCUGCAUAGUGGCAGUGAGGGCAGCAGAUAUCACUUUCUGCCACCCUAAAACACAGGAUAUAACAAUGAUGAUACCUCUAGAAGGAGUACAGUCACUUCGCUCAUAUCAACCUAAAAAGGGGAAAACACCAGCAGUUGAAAUCACCUAUGUUGACAGCUCUCAUCCCCAAACCAUCACAAUUCAGCUGAAACAGGCAAAAGAGCUGUGUCACAUCAUUGCUGUGAUCAUGGAGGAGCAAGUGGAGCCUACACAGUAGCCCUUAGAUGGCUGUGCUUCUGAGAGCUCAGAGAUGUUUGGUAUAGAAUUUGUGAUUCAUAGUCUGGGGUGAAUGGUGUCCUACCUACAUUCUGUCAAGCAAUUACACAUAAUGAUGUGUUAAUGAAAUAUAUUCAUAUAUUCAAACUGCAAUUUACAUACCAUUACUGUCCAUUUUCAGCAUGUAUUCCUCUGAAAAUUUAUAAUUAUUUUGUGAAUACAGCCUACAUCUAACUAAUUGCACCUAUAAUUUCAACUGAGAAGGGAUUAACAUGGUUUUUAAGAUUUUAUUAUUGUUCAUUAAAGUCUAAAUAUACACAUUUGAAUGCUGAUGUAAUGAUGUUUGCUUUGUUUUUAUAGUUACAACAGUUUUGUUUUAUCUGAUGUUUGGAUAGCUCUUGUGUGAUGCAAUGCACAGUGUGAUCUUGAACUUGAUUUUCCCCUCCUGUUUCAAUUAAAUAAAACA